GGGUGAUGUGUUUAUUGCGUAAACCAGCGACGGGCAUACCGAAUAAUAGUCCAACGUAACGUUAAACGUUUUUGUGUUAACGUAGCGGCAGAGCUAACUAAAAAGCCAAACCCGAAAAUUUGAGUAAACUUAAGUUAUCCAAGCUUGUCUCAUGUUCUAAUAUCUCAGCGUAACAGCACACAGCACCACCGCGUGGCAGGAUGAGUGGCUCUAUGGCCGAGCUGGACACGGCGCAGAACAAGCUGGAACGUAUCAACACUGAUGACCAUUCUUUCAAGGAUUGUGGUGGUUUUGAGAGGGACAGUAACGUCCCCCUUUGUCCUGCAGCAGCUCCUGUAUGGGGGCCUGGGGCCCAUUCAGAUGCCAGUCUGCUAGUUCCUCAUCCUUAUCAGCCAGGAAUGGUUGACUCUCUCACCCAAAGGUUCCACUGUACACGUCAGUCCCCUCAGUGUCAGCUGAUGUACCCAGACUUCCUGUUGGAGCCCCACGCCAGUCAGUACCAGCUCCUCAGCGGGCCUGUGGCUCCUCCAGCAGACAGCAGCCAUCCCUGCUCAGCGUUGGCUCCUUGGUUUGCAAACGAGCCCAUUCUCUGCAGCAUGAUGCCAGGAGACUUUCAUGGCCCUUUAGCCAGUAUCUGUGUACCACCGGGUAUGGACCAUCAGCUGUUUCAGGACGGGCCGACUGACUUUACAUCCCACAUCCCACAGCCUGUAGUGUGUAAUGUGAGUGGGGAUGGCCGGGUCAUGCUGGUUAACCCCUGUGAGCCCGGACCCGUGUUCCUGACCAUGACUUCUGCACCAACACACAGAGACAACGAUGUGAGCGUGUUGAGGACUCCCAGCCAGCUUCCCCAGUACCACCAGACAGCGUGUCCCUUGUACGAGUCCAGAGAUCAGGCAACCAGCAUGCAGCAACCAGCCCCCCCAGCACAAACUGCUGGAACAUGCCAGUCAAAGUCCAGGAAGCCCUGCCACUGUACCAGAUCUCAGUGCCUCAAACUCUACUGUGAGUGUUUUGCUAACGGAGUGAUGUGCAGCGACUGUGAUUGCUCUAACUGCCACAACAAUGCAGACCAUGAAACCAAGCGUCACCAGGCAAUUAAGUCCCGCUUAGGUCGUAACCCAGAUGCCUUCAGGUCAAAGAUUGCUGCCGGAAAGUCCGGAGAGGUCAAAGGUUGGCACAACAAAGGCUGCAACUGUAAACGCUCGGGCUGCCUCAAGAACUACUGCGAGUGCUAUGAGGCCAACAUCAUGUGUACCUCCAGCUGUAAAUGUGUUGACUGUAGAAACUAUGACGACGGCUUAGAAAUGGGCUUCAAAGAGAACAAAUGGCCUAUGUCAGUGAUAACCCCAGCUGUGGUGGAGGCUGCGUGCAGCUGCCUGCUGGCCCAGGCUGAGGAGGCUGAGACGGAGGCCCAUAGCCCCGCCCGGGCUGAGCACAUGGUUCUGGACGAGUUCGGACACUGUCUCGCACAGAUUGUCAAGGCCAUGUUCAAGUAAACGCACACUGACACUUUGGAGCCACACUGUGGGUUUGGGUCUAGGUUUUACUUCAGAACCCUAACCGCUUAGCAUCCAAGAAAAACAGCUGGACCACCAGGGGUAUUUGAACCCAUGCAUUGGGGUUUGGAAGGCUUCACAGAUUACUUCUACUAUUUAAUGUUUGUAGUUUUAAAGCUGUCAUGUGACAGCAGCAUUACACAAAACAAUGACUACAGCUUACAAAAUUGCUUAAUUUUACAACAUCUGCCGUGCUGGUAAUGUCAUACUCAGGUUCAAAUGGGUGUGUUCCUGUGCAUGGACAUUUCCAAUAUUAUUGUUUUGAUGUCUGUACAGAACAAACUUAUAUAAAAAGAUGAGUUCAGAGGAGUAUUAUUUUCAAUUUAGUAUUAUUUGUGCUGUUAAAGGGACAGUUGAGAUGUGUUGACGUGUGGUUGUAUGAGGCACUUGCCCAUAGUGAGUGUAUUACUUGUGGGCUGGGGCAGCAGCUAAAUGGAUUUUACACACCUAAAAGAUCUAUACCAGUAAAAGUGUACGCUGUUAUGUAGAAUAUUGUUAGUGCUUCACCUUGCUGUCAGACAGCCCUUUCCCUUCACAGAAAUGUCUCUCCUCUCUGUCAUUUGGCCAUUCAGUCUCCCUCUGCAAAAGUUUCUCUUCUGUAUGCUCGGCACACUCGCCGAGAAUAUGUAGUGCCAAAGGAAAGGGCUGUCUGAUAGCAAGGUGAAGCUGUAAGGAUACUUCGGAGAUGUCGCUCAUACAACCAGAAUUAACAAACAUCUCAACCUUUCCUUUAAUUUUUGUAUUAGUGUGUGUAAUGUUGCUCUUCUGGCUCUGAUUUAAAUUCUGUUCAUAGUGUGUGGAGUGUGGAUGGACAGUUU